AUUUUCGUUAUCCUUCUUUUCUUCCUCAAUUAGAAUUUUUUUACAUGAAUUGCCCUCUGUCUUUCCAUUUGUUUGCUGAAGCAUUCAAGUUCCCCUCGAGCUACAUAUUCUAAAUUUCAGGUAAAUUUCAAUUCUUUGAGCUGUCGAAAAAACGAACGACGAAAAGUACAGUUUAAGGUUGAAUGGGUCUUGUGGAUAACAAAUAUAACAUGCAUACCUGUCCUCUUUCCAUUAUCAACUGUUUAAUUUACUUAAAUUGAACGACAAAGAUUGGAACUUGAAUUGGUUAUGGUGCUUAAAAUCUCUUUAUUUUCUUCAGGUGGUGGGUCCAAGUUCUAGUGUUGAACUAGGUGAGAAAUUCUUUGUUUUAUGAGGUUGUGGGGCCAGUAUGGUACAUGUGAUAAAGAACUUGCCUACUUUAGCAGUUUCUUUAGAUGGGAAUGAGAAGAACAAUCGGUUUUUCUGUUCAAGAAGGGAUACGUUAAAAUAUCCACAUGGGAAAUUAGCUCUUUGUAGUGGAAAAGUAAAGGGGUGCCUUAGUUUUAAUAGUUCUAGAUUGGUUAAUGCUUUUGAGCGAUACACUUUGUUUGGAAUUGCACAGCUAAAGUUGUCAACUGUUUUAUUUAGCUUCAAGGAAGUGAAUAACCUGUGUAGCAUAGCUCUGAAUGUCCCUUGUGAACUGUGUGAUGGAGAGACUACUAAGGGUUCUGAUAUUGAGAAAGAUAAUUCAGCCAAAGAUGUAUAUAACCUGGAAUUGUCUGGUAAGGACAGUUUGAUGAAUUCAUAUACUGAAAAUUUUGAUACUAACCGACCUUCAAGUUUUCUUGAAGAAACUAAAAAUCCAGUUGAGAAUCGGAAUCUAUACCUAGAAGAAUUGGAUGAGAAGGUAUUGUCAAAAAGGAUCUUGAAGCUCAGCAGGCUGAAUAAACCCAAAAGUGCAUUGGCGAUGUACAAGUCCAUGAUUUUUUCAGGUCUUAAACCUGAUUUACAUGCAUGUAAUUCCCUUCUUUCAAACCUCUUGAGGAAUGAAAUGCUUGAUGAUGCCUUAAAAGUCUUCAAUUCCAUGAAAGCUCGUGAGCUAACAACUGGCCACACUUAUAGCUUAAUUCUGAAGGCAGUUGCUGAUGCUCGGGGUUGUGACACAGCAAUAAACAUGUUCCGUGAAUUGAUAAGCAGUAAGAAUCUUAGAGAAAAUAUUGAUAUUGUUGUAUACAACACAAUGAUAUCCAUUUUUGCAAAAGCAAACAACUGGGAUCAGGCACAGAAGAUUUGGAAAAUUUUGCAUUAUAAUGGUCAAGUUGGAACAACAGUCACUUACCGUCUGUUAAUUUGCACAUUUGUCCGUUGUGGUCAGAAUGAACUAGCUAUUGAUGCAUACAGUGAGAUGAUUCAUAAUGGGUUGAGCCCAGAAAGUGAUACGAUGCAUGCCAUUAUUGGAGCAUACAGUAGGGAGGGUAAGUAUGACUCUGCAUUGAAUGUCUUGCAUUGUAUGUUGGACAGUGAGCUUAAGCCAAAUGCGAGAGCAUGCAAUGCAGUGAUUAACUCACUUGGAAAAGCUGGCAAAGUCAAGCUUGCAUUUGAGAUUUAUGAUCUGAUGAAAUCGUUAGGUCAUGCACCUGAUGUAUACACAUGGAAUUCAUUGCUUAAUGCCUUAAACAGGGCAAAUAGAUAUUGUGAUGCAAUUCAGCUCUUUGAGAGAAUAAGAAAUACCCAAAGUGUCAUUUUGAAUGUGCAUCUAUACAAUACUGUUUUGACGUCAUACCACAGACUUGGGUUGUGGGAUAAAUCUGUACAGGUACUGUGGCAGAUGGAGGCUUCUGAACUCACAGUUUCAACUGCAUCCUAUAAUCAAGUCAUUGGAGCUUGUGAGGUAGCAAGAAGACCCAAGGUUGCAAUACAAGUGUAUUACCGCAUGGUUCGCCAAAAACAUUCACCUGACAUAUUUACUCUAUUGUCAUUGAUGAGGGUAUGCAUCUGGGCUUCUCUCUACAAUGAAGCAGUGGAAAUACUAAAACUUUCUGAACCAAAUGGGUCGCUUUACAAUGCUGCUAUUCAAGGGAUGUGUUUAACAGGAAGGCUUGAUUUGGCUAGGAAGCUGUACAUGGAAAUGCGUGAGAGAAGCCUUCAACCUGAUGGCAAGACACGGGCUAUGAUGUUGCAAAACUUACCAAAAGAUUCCAGGAGAAAUAGAAAACGUUAACCUGGAGGCAGAUUAGAGUCAAUGGGUGCACACGUGCUUGUAGCUGAGUUGAUGACAAAAUAUAAGUAUUGUUUUGAUGGUCAUGUAGAAGAGUAAGAAGACCCACUGAGGUGCAGCUACUCUAAUGAACAGAUUGUCCUGUCAUUAUUGCUUUCAUUUCCCAGAUUGUCCAAGGCCAACAGGGCAUUGAGAGUUUCCGGCUAGUCCUGCUGAUUAUAAUGAUGAAAUUAAGCUAAUCACGCCCUGGACAGCGAUUAACCAGAGGAGGACAGGAUCUAGUUGAGUUGGCGGAAUCACUUGGCAAAGCAUUCAAAUUCACAAAUCUACAUCAAAUUAUGUCAUGACCACUGGUCUUUGCUCUCCGUUCAAGCACACUGAGAAACAAGAAAGCCUUUUUUAAGCAUCGAGGAAACACACAUCUUCAAGCAUAUUAUACAUCUAUAGAAAACAUUUUUACGAGAAACGUUGCACUCUCAUGUAAUAGCAAAUCAAUGUAUCAUGGAUGAUUGUCUGUAAUAAGAUUGUGUAAUAUGGAAGAGCGUGGAUUUUAUAAUUAUAUUUAGAUAGUGCAAUUUUUUUGGAUUCAUUUCUAUCUA